AUGGCAUCUCGUCUGUCUACACCAAACGACUCCGAUAAUCAACCAACGCUCGUGGAUUUAUUGAUUGAAAGCGGUAUCGCAUCGCCACACUCGUUUCAUGAAACCACACUCAACACGGACUGGAUUUUCUGUGAAGAUAUCUCGAGACUAGAUCCAGUUAUUUCCGUGGCGUGCGCGAAACAGCUUGAAUUUGUUCGCACCUUCAAGUUAGGCUGGGCCUCGAGCGAGCCGCACGCCCUGGGCAUACCAGAGAAAUGGGAGCUUGAUGCCAAUUCAAAAACGUGGAUCUUGAGCGACCACAUGCAUGCAGCCGCCUUGCUGCGCUGGCUCCGUCCCAUUAAAGGCAAUCUUACAUUCAUCUCGACCGACGAUAUCGUCAAACGGCACGAUGAUUCGAAGUCCUUCUUGCCUGAUUUUCUGCUCCACGCGCCUCAUAUCCUCGAUCAUCCUAUCGAAACGGAAAGCUACGAUUGGACCAGUUCGACAUACUCUCUACCGUUUUUCAUGGAGAUCAUCUCGUAUCCUGGGGAUGAAGCCAGUGCCGAUAUGGCUAUCCCUGGAUUCUUCCAACCCACUCCAAAUUGCACUCUGGUCAGCGACGUAGUGUACGAUUUCCCGCCGCCACUUUCAGUGCGCAAUCACCAUUACAACAAGACGUUUGCAGUUGUGGAAAACUCUUUCAGGCCAUUGACCCCUUCCCACUUUCAAAUCAUAGCCAGCUUGUUGCGGCCCACGCUUUUGGUCGGCAUGAAGGGUCCUGCUCGCUGGCCAGCUCCCUUAGCCAAUUUGAUUCGCAUGUCCCAGUCUGCGUCGGUUUCCGCAUCUUUGAAUCAGACGCUGCUCGAUUUAGCUCAAAGUAUAGAACCGAAUCUAUUCGCUUUGCUGAUGAACUGGCACUAUAGAUGUGAGAGAAAUAUAGAUGGGAUUGGCGAGCCUUCGCUCCCAUCAUAUCGUUGCAUACCCACGUGGUUGAUUCAGUUUGGCUUGAUAUACGAUGCCGAAGGCUUGAUCAUUGUCGCUCAUAUUCCAUAUCUCGCCGCACCUUCAUCUCCCACCUCUGCACCACUCUCCUUUCUUUCAUGCAUAGUUGACCGUAUAUCUAUGCCUGGCCUUAUUGGCAUCCGUCCAUCAUCCACAUCACACGGUGCUUCCAUUCUCAGCAACCUCAAGGCUGCGCUAGCGCUGUCCUGUCUACAGCGGCACGCAUUCGUCGUAUCUGCCUUAUUGGAAGGGGUCUCCUGGCCUUCAUCAAUCGUUCAGGAAGAUGCUGAGGACGAAGGCGACCAAGAGGAUGGUUCAACAUCAUCUGAUGCGGAUGAGUAUGGAGUGUAUUGA